CAUUUGGUAAUAAAUGUACUGUAGCAUCUGUACAGACGGCCAGCUCUCGACCUAAAGCAGAAUUCCUGUCAGUGGUUGGUUUCGAAUCCAGGUAUUUUUCUCGGAGUUUUUGACUUGUUAUUCCGAGUAGGCCUACAAAUAAAUUCCCAAGGGGGAACUUGCGAUAACUCCAAUCAACGCCAUCAUCAGCAGGCGUCUUCUACAAGCCCAUCGCCUUCUCUCAAACAUGCGCCCUCAUGCGCACAAAUACGAAAUGUCCACUAUCACCUUGGAGAUUAGAAACAUUGAAGAGGCGCGGUACCGACCGUCUCUGCUUCCUCCGUCGACACGGAAACUCAACGAAGCAAUUUAUGAACACUUGGAAAAACUGAAUUGCAUGAACUGGGAUACUGAACCUGUCUCACACACGUAUUUGCGCCAUCUUAAUGUCAUGAGUAGAAGUCGUUCAGAAGGUCAAAAUGUUCUUGAUCACUGCAAGCCAAGGUGUGUAAUGGAUGUGUCCGGGAGUUCCCCCACAGAUGUCUGCCCUUCCUGGGAAGAUGUUUCUCUGUCUGGUGGUCACACAGAAAGUAGUGAACUGAGUGCCCAGAGGACACAGGACCAGCCUACUGAUAGGAAGAGCUCCUCUGAUUGGCUCAUGGCCCACAGUCUACAGAGCUCUGGGCUUUCCCUUUCAGGACUCCUCUCACAUGUGACUACCAGAAUCAGCAAGGCUGGAGAGGACGGAGGACUCAACAGACAGCUGGAGAUCUCUGCUGCAGCACUUACUCACUUUGACUUCAAGUUGUACCAGGCCAUUGAGCUGUACCAUGGCAGAAUAAGAUGGCUGAACCAAGGAAGUAUGAAGGUGUUUGGACUGGUGAUGGGGUCCAGAGUGGGACUCAUGGUUGACACUUCAGAUGGUAACUGCACCAAGAAGAGACUUCCAGAUUUACAGAGGAACCUCCUGUCUCUCGUAGAGGAGCAGCUCAGCUGCAAACGUCAGCUGUACCUGAUGUCCUGGGGGACUGAGACCAGCAGCCUGUGGGAUGGCCCCAGAGACGUCAGCCGCUUCAGGCUUCAGGAGGUUUGUGGCUGGGUGGGUGAGCUCAGACCCACUGGGGGAUGUAAUCUCCUUCAGGCCCUAAAGAAAGGCCUUGACCUGGGCAACAAUGAGCUUGACUCCCUGGUCAUCGUCAUGGGCUCCAGCCCUGACGAGACAUCCGAUGCCCUCUUUGAUUUCGUCCAGCAACGCAUGCUGGGAAGGACAUUGCAGGUCCAUGUGGUGUCCUACUGUAGCAAUAGUCCUCAGACCAUUGGAACCGUAAAAAGACUGGCUAAAGUUACACAGGGACGCUACCAUAUCUACUCAGCUUCACUGGGUGUAGCUGACAGCAGUACUGAUGUGGAACAGCUGUGGGCGGAGAUCAAAGCAGCCAGGGGGCUGCUUGGGGACACUGUAGCCCUGCGUCAGGGAAGACUGAGGGACGUGGCUGUCACUGUGAUGGGACAACAGGUGGAUUCAGCGGAGUUGGACAGCCUAUCAAAAUCUCCCUCGUUCCUCACACCACCGCCCAUUCAUGAAGCCCCCCUGACUAUCAAGCCCUCGGGGGUCCUGACCGUCUCCUCGGAUGAUUGGCUUAGUAAGCAUGGGUUGAAAGCUAAGAGACUGGGACUGUACCAGGUUCUGUCUCCAAAUGCCUAUUCCCUACUGGAGGGUUUUGUACCUAUCCUGAACAAGACUGUGUCCUCAACAAUUCAUGAGAAGGCCAUGGUGCAGUUUGAGUGGCAUGACGGGACAGUGAAGAAUAUUCACGUUGACAUACCCACACUCUACAGCUACCAGAGGCGGCUGAAGGCUGCGGUGGCUGAGUUGGAGAGGCGGGUGCUGUGGCUGAGCAGUGGGAGCAGACGGAUCUGGGGGUCACUGUGUGAACAGAGGGUGGUGAUCGUGGCGGACGUGUCUGUGAUGAACUCUGGCUUCUCUGUCCAUAUUCAGCACUCCCUCAGGGUGUUACUCGAGGAGCAGCUGGCCGACAAACACAGCUUUAACAUAAUCGCGUUCAGCUCUGAUGCCAGAACCUGGAGGGAGCGGUUUACCCCCCCCACACCAGAGAACCUGCAAGAGGCCUGGCUGUGGGUCCAGGGUUUACAGUAUUCAGGGGGCAGGCAUACCCUGGCUGCUCUGAGGCUGGCUUUGGAGGGGGAAAUCCAUGGGGGUACCUCUCCUCCAUCUGACCCUCUCACCCAGGGCGUAUACCUCUUCACCAGCGGAGUGCCUGACCAGGAAAAGACAGAAGUGAUUUCCUAUGUGUCUGAGCGCUGCAGCAGCCUGCCCAUACGUCUCCAUGUCUGUCUGUUCACCGGGGAGGAGCAGACACAGGGACAGACGGGGGGUUCUCUUCCUUGCCGUGCCACCAGGGAGGAGGCAGCAGGGGUACUGAGGGAAAUGGCCCGAGCUGGCAACGGACACUUUCACUGGACCAGUGAGACAGACAGUGCAAUAUCUAUUGAGACAGCUCAGCAGCGCUGUAAGCUCAGCUGUCCCAUCGCAGCAUGGCUAAUGUUGCUCUGGUGCACAAGAAGUGGGGGCAUCCUGGAGAGUGAUGACAUAUCUGCUCUGAUUGGAGAGAUGGAGAGGGCUGCCAGUUAUUGGCAGAAGAGCUCAAUGCUCGUGGACUCUUUUACCCAGAGGUUGGGUUGGAUGAGCCCAGAGGAGAGACUCUAUUCUGGGAAUAAAACACUGGCCCACAAACCCUUGGUGGCGAGACUCAGAAAAGGACAGCUGCCCCCACCACGACCCACAGCACUCUCCCUUUCCAGGCUGCAAAUGAAGGAGGGCCCAGCAAAUGAGCGUUCCUCUUCUACAAAGGCAUUUGCAUGGCGUCCCAGCAGUGCAACAGCUGCUAUCUCCACGGCAGAGCCCAUGACUGGUUUGGGAAGAGUAGAGACUAAAUUCAAGCAGAGGAAGCCUUCUCAGGUCUCCCACUCUGUUUUCUACCUGGAAGAUGGAAACAUAGGUAUGGUGUUCAAGUCCCACCCCAAACCUAGAAGUGUCCGGAAGUCCAUCCCCAUAGUGGUUCUGCCAAAGCAGGAGGAAAUCUGCUCAACCAAACAGUGGCUGAAGAAAUUCAGUAUUAAGAAGCAAAAGCUUGACCUCAACAAACUGAUGUCUGGACCUGAGUGCACACAUCACAGAAAGCUGGUCCCCUCGGUUCUCAAGAGAGUUGCUGCCAGAUACUGCUCCAUUUUCCCCAGUGUUCAUAUUAAUGGGGCCUUGAAGCAUCUCCAGCUGACUCCUGGAGAGAUGAAACAGUACCUUACUCAAACUGAGAGACUCCUCCACUGCUACACACAAAGGAUGGCCUGGUUGCUCUCUGGUAGCAGACGUGUAUUUGGGGUGGUGCUGGAGAAAGAGGUCUGUGUGUUGAUUGAUGUGUCUGGCUCUAUGGCUCCCUACCUGGGGGAUCUGAAGAGCAAGCUGGCCUCUCUAAUCUGGGACCAGCUGCAUCACAACACAGUCAGGUUUUCCGUGCUGGCGUUCUCUGGGGGCGUGACUGUGUGGCGGCCAGCCCUGCAGGAGCCUACAGAGGAAGCGUGUGGCAGUGCAGUGCAGUGGGUGUGUCAGCUGGACUGUCAUGGGGGGACCAACACCCUGGAGGCCCUGCAGACUGGGUGCGGCUUUGGGGACGGUGUGGGCCUGUACCUGCUGAGUGAUGGGAAGCCAGACUCCAGCUGCAGCCUAGUCCUCAGAGAGGCUGAAACACUGACCGCAGAAAAACACAUCACCAUCCACACAGUCUCAUACAACUGCACUGACAGCUCGGCCAAUGACUUUCUGAAGAAUCUGGCCCACAAGACUGGGGGUCGUUACCACCGUUGCCAUAACGAUGACACGGGCCUGAUUAGCGGGCAGUUGGCGUCAAACCUCUGUGAUGGAGAUAAACCAAUGGUGCUGGCCUUCCAGGGAGAUGACUUGAGGAGACUGUCUGAGGAAAUUGACAGAUUAAAACAUUUCCGGAGCCAGGCACACGCCUUCAGACAAAUCCUUUUGGAAAAGAAAAAUCCAGAAGAAGCCUAAUUUUUACAACAACAAACGUGACUUCAACAAUUCUGUAAAAUGUGAAAAGGUUCAAUGAAUAAAAUGAAUAGAGGUUCUAACAAUAUUAACACCACUGUGCAUAAAUGACCUUGAAUAGACCUAAUUCAUACUAUUAUGUAUUUUACCUAAUUAGGGUGUAAAGUAUGUUCUGAAAUAUCUUCAUGACAGAAUCCAAAAUGGUUGAAAAGCCAUUCAAAAUGUAUCCAUUUUGAAAUAGCGUAGUCAAUGUUCAGAUCUAACCCCAAUUCAGAUUUUCUGCUGCAACCUAUGAAGAGCAGCUCCUGAUUAAUAACUUGCAAAUGUUGCAGAGCUCUGUACAGUGGGACACAAUUAUUUCAAGGCUAUGUGAGAGACUGAUCAACGAGUAAAAAAAGAGUUUUGUUGAAGUCAUUGCAGGUGAAGAUGAAACAACCAGUUACUGAGUGUAAAGGGGCAAUCACUUUUUCACAGGGGGGGACAUUGUGUGUUG